GCGACCCCGGCCAGGCCCAGGACGCCGGAGCGCGCGCUGCUCCGGCAAGUGAGGCUGGAGGCUGCGACCCCACAGCUCCCGCCCCCGGGACUCCGGAUCCCGGCUCCGCCCCGCGGGAUUGCGCAGCACCCUUUGGCCCCACAGAAGCAACCAACAUGCCUAUCUCCAAGUGCCUGCUGAAGUCCGAGCCCCUGUGGAAGGAGUGGGACCAGAAAGCCCAGAAGAACGGACUGAGGCACCAGGUAUAUGCUGUCAAUGGCGACUGCUAUGUGGGCGAGUGGAAGGACAACAUGAAACACGGGAAAGGCACACAGAUCUGGAAGAAGAAAGGAGGCAUCUAUGAGGGGGACUGGAAGUUUGGGAAGCGAGAUGGCUAUGGCACCUUCAGCCUUCCUGACCAAGAGACCGGAAAGCACAGGAGAGUCUACUUGGGCUGGUGGAAAGGCGAUAAGAAAUCAGGCUAUGGGAUCCAGUUUUUCGGACCCAAGGAGUAUUACGAGGGUGAGUGGUGCGGCAACCAGCGCAGCGGGUGGGGCCGCAUGUACUACAGCAACGGCGACAUCUACGAGGGCCAGUGGUGCAAAGACAAGCCCGACGGAGAGGGCAUGCUGCGCCUGAAGAACGGGAACCGCUAUGAGGGCUCCUGGCAGAGAGGCAUGAAGAACGGGUUUGGACGUUUCUUCCACCUGAACCACGGGCAGCUCUUUGAGGGCUUCUGGGUGGACGACGUGGCCAAGUGUGGCACGAUGAUUGACUUUGGCCGUGAUGAGGCCCCUGAGCCCACUCAGUUCCCCAUUCCUAAGGUUAAACUUCUAGACCCCGACGGUGUGCUGCAGGAAGCCUUGGCCAGGUUAAAGAAGACAGAGGAGGAAGAAGGAGACUGAUGCCAGAAGACCAGUUCAUUCCGGUCCCGCCCAAAUUGCACCCUCGGCUUGCUGGGAUGAACGCUGGAUUGGACCCACGUGGCCUGUUCACCCCUGAAUGCCCUUGAGUGAGGUGGUCUGUCCCGGCCUUCCCUUGCACAUCUGUCCAGGGGGCCUCGUCCAGUCCUAAACUCUCCUGGGGUGGGUAUAAUGAGGUUCGGGGAGAGGGCAUUGGCACAGCGUCUUUGAAACGCCAGCUCCCACCACCUGCUUCCUGCUGCAGUGAGAACACCCAAGCUUUGGAAGAAAUCCAAGCCCACGUCACCUACUGCUCAGACCGGUGCGGCUCCUGUGGAGGAGUGAGGGGGAAUCCAGGCACACCCCUGGCACCCUCCAAGGGCACCUCACUCCUCGCAGCACUGGAUCAUUCUUUGCCCAUAGGGCCAGUGCUUCUCUCCCCGGCUGGCCUUGGGGACCCUCUUGUUACAGCCCUUCCUUCUAGGACCCCAUCUCUGAGUGCGUGAGAAUAAAGGAGAACCUGGGGGCAUUAACCUGGGGCCUGUGCUGUGUGAUGGGCAGGGCCGGGGUGCGGUGGGGGCAUCCGGAGGGGUUUCAGGUAGAGAAGAGGGAACACAUCCCAUGGGCUGCAUGGACUCCCCUUGGGAGAAAGGGGCGGCGUCUCCAGGUCUCUGACCUCCCAGAUACACCAGAGGAGAAAGAGCCUGCUUCUGGGCGCACUGGUCUCAAAGAUUUGGGGUUAAAACCUGACCUGGCUUCUUAACCUAACACAGAGACUCUCAAGCUUGGAAUCCUGCAGGAGCUUUAAAAGCUGUGGACGCCCAGGCCACACACUCAGAGAUUCUCAUCUAUCUGGGGGGAGGCCUGGGCCUUCGGGGUUUCCCAGGUGAUUCUAAUGUGCAGCCAGAAGCCUACUUACUGGCUGUGCCACCCUAAGCAAGUGACCUCAGUUGCCCCAUCUGUAAAAUGGGACUUAGAUUUCUCAAGGGGUUUUGAGGAUUUGCUAACAGAUCUAACAAUAAUGAGUACCAUGUAUUCAGGUUAAUUGUGAAGCAGGUGUCUAGGAAGGGCUUUUUGCAUAAUUCUAACCUAGACAACAUUCCUGUGCGAUAAGAGGGACUCUUACACAGUGGGUAGGAACGGGAGCUGUGCAGUCCCACUGCCCGGGUGUGAAUCCCGGCAGAGAUUUCUUAACUGUGUGUUCUUGGAUAUAUCAACCAAACUCUAACACGGGACAAUAAUGGUGCUUCCCACCCAUGGCUAUCAUGGUUACUGUGAGGAUGAAAUAAGCGUGGUUCUAAUUCAAG